AACGAGUAUGACGAGACGACUGAAGAUUAUUGUCAUGUGCGUGGCCCUAGUGGUGGCCACCGCCGGUCGUGCGUCGUCAAACGAACAAUCCUUCGCCGUCGAGCCAGAGGAUCGGAGUGCGGUGGUGGACUCGACGGUGUCGCUGCCCUGCAGGGUCGACAAUCUGGCCGGAAAACUUCAAUGGACCAAGGACGAUUUCGCUCUAGGCACCAACAGGAACCUGUCGUACCACGGUUACCCGAGGUACUCGAUGACCGGAAAUGACGCGAUCGGCGAAUACAACUUGAAACUGAAUCCCGUGACUCUGGACGACGACGGCGUGUACCAGUGCCAGGUGGGCACGGGAAAGCGCGACGAACCUGCCAUCAGGUCCAGGAAAGCGACGCUGACCGUCCUGGUGCCGCCCAACCGUCCGCGAAUCACGCAGGGUGACAAGAUCUACAUAACGGAAAACUCGCCGAUCGAACUGGAGUGCAUAUCUGAAGGUGGCAAACCGGAAGCAGAGAUCACGUGGACCGACGGCUCCGGCACAGCGAUCGCCGAGGGCUUUGAGACGUACGUCGAGGCCAUGGAGGCUGAGAGCAAACGGUUUACAACCAAGUCCAUUUUGAAAAUCGUACCGAAAAUGGAACACCACAACACGUCAAUAUGGUGUCAGGCGCACAACUCGGCUGUUGACAAAAAGUUACAAACGAAAAUCCAUUUGUACGUCAAAUUCGCUCCGAAGAUAUCGCUGAUCAUUGCCGGGCCCGCGAGGAAGCUGGUCGAAGGGACGGACGUGCAGUUCCUGUGCCUGACGAAAGCCAACCCGCCGGAAGUGAACUACCGGUGGUUCGUCAACGAUCAGUACGCGCUGAGCGAAGUCACGUCCGAACUGUGGCUGUUCAACAUAUCCAGGAGGCUGCACAAUUCGUUGGUCAGGUGCGAGGCUCAAAACUCUGUGGAGAAAACAGAGGAAUCCAAAGCGUUGAGCAUAUUGUAUAAGCCUCAAUUCAAAAAUCGACCGAAAAACGUCCAAGCAAAUCUUGGAAGUUAUGUGACAAUUAUGUGUGACGUAGACAGCAAUCCACCACCUACCAUCGAGUGGACGUUCGAAAAAACAAAAAAGGUUGUGAGCACGACCAGCAACUUGACGGUGCUGGUGUUGAAUACGACAGUCGGCCGAUACCACUGCAAGGCCACCACGUCAGGGUUUGGUGAGGUAAACGCCGAGGCUUCGAUAUCCAUGAAGGGCAAGCCGGUCAUCGACAGCCCUCUGGUCCAGUACGGUACUCUGUCUGAAACGGUCCGGCUCGAGUGCGUCGCCAAGUCCGUGCCCGUCGCCGACCGGAUAGUUUGGACUUACCACGAUAACAUAAUCGGCACUAAGAACGACCAGCAACAUUAUUCGGUAUUGGAAGAUCCGACGGACGAAGGCGUGAAAAGCUCGCUGAUGAUCAGGAACUCGGUACAAGAGCAAUUCGGAGCCUAUAACUGUACGGCAUACAACGAAUACGGAUCCGACUCGGUGGUAAUCACGCUGUUACAAAAAAAAGACUUUAUGCUGAUUUUGGCAAUCAUUGGUGCCGUGGGCGGAAUCAUCGUCAUGAUUUUGAUUUUCUCCGUCAUCGGGUUUUGCCGACGUACGACGACUCGAAAAAAGAAGAAAGCCAAAUCCGAUUUUAACGGCGAGUCGGACACGGAAAACAAGCAAAACGCCGCGGCCAGAGAAUCUGAUGCUUCAUCCAACGUGUCGGACAUCAAAAUGGAGACGGGCACCGGGUCGUCGCUGAGCAAUUACCGGUACAAGAUCGACUACGGCACGGACUCGAUGACCGUGACCACAACCGCGACCGCGGUCGACGACCAGCAUCCACGGUCCGCUACCCCAAAGAGCGGCGGCGGCAGCCAGACGACCCUGCCCCGCGGAGGAGGUGGCAUCCCUCUGGCCGGCCCGGUUCCAGUCGACCCACGGUACGCCACGGCCGCCGGAUAUCUGGGGCACCUGCACCCACACAACGUCAUGCACCACCCUCUGGCCAACGGCACCGUCAUCGGCGAUUACGCGGACCCGCUCAACUAUGUCAGAUACACCAGCAACCAUCUCGCCGACCGGCCCACCAGCAGCAACAACGGUUACAUCGCGGCCGACCGGCUGUACGACCUGAACCCAAUGCCGCCGCCGCAGACGGUCAUCGCGCUGUCGUCGUCGUCGUCGUCGUCGCCGUCGCCCAAACUGUCGUCGGACCCGGCCACCAGGACGUCCACCGGCGGCGACCCGGCCACGCUUCUCCAGUAUUCCGCCACGUACGGCAACCCGUACCUGCGGCCCGCGUCGGCGCAGUGGCCGGCUCAACCGCAGCGGCCGCUGCAGAAGUACGACGCGUACGGCCGGCCCGAACCUCCGCCGUACAGCGCGGUCGGCAAGGGCAAGCGGAAAACCGCCGCGGCCGGCCACGGCCCGUCGGCCACCGCCGUGCCCGUCGGGCCCAACUAUCACAUCGGCGUGGCCAAGCGGCAGACGCUGGCCACGCACGUCUGAACGGCCGGCUCGAGGAGUCCGGCGCAACAAAGGCUGAUGAAAUAGUCGUAUUAUAUUAUAAUAUUAUAUUGUAACCAUCGUUAUGAAUGAUAUCGUUACAUGCAGGUAACGAGAUACUAUGCGUGUCGCGUACGAUAAUAAUAUUAUGUAUUAUUAUAACGAUAUCGUUUGUAGUAAAAAUUAUAUUUUGUUAAGUAUGGUCGUUUCUCGAACUCUUCAAACACAUCGAACCAUUCGAAUAGUUCGAGAGGUUCGGGUACGACCAUGAAGAUUAAUUUUAAUUUUUUUUUUUUUUUGUUAAGUGCUCUUUUACUACUAUUAUUAUGUUAUUUUAAAAAUUUGUUAUGGUUAAAUUUUUUUUUGAAAGUUUGACAAAGUUAGAACUGCGCUCUAGUGAAAAAAUCAAUUUGGAGUUCGUGAAAACAACUCAAGUCCUACCCCCAUCGGUCAUCCAUGAUAUAUUUUCAUCGCAGCAUAAUAACUAUUUGAAAAAUAUUGAACGGUGUGGAUCGUAACCGGAAGAUCACCUCUUCGAUUCACCCAUAUCGACCACCCUCCACCGAGCCGAUGUAAUACUCGGCCUGUGCGACGAUCAAUUAUUUAUUAUCCUACAUUGUCGUGUUUACUUCCAAACAACACACAUCGAUGGGUAGGACGUCACCGAACACUAAAUAUUUUACUAGACACCUGUUAUAAAUCUUUCAAUUUGUUUUUCUCUCUAUCCGAACCUAACCGAUUCGGUUAGGUAUUAUUAGAACAUCUAUUUUGUAUAAUAAAUAUAUAUAACACUAUACAGGUUAAUUAAUUUAAUAUCUAUACUCUUCGUUAGGUUUCAGUUGGUAAAUAAAAAUAAGUUUCGAUUUAUUUCCACUUGGUUAUCGGUGCAUACAAGGUUUUGUUGGACAUACUAAAAAUUGUUCUGAAAUGUUAUUUUCGGAGACACGGUUAAAUAGUUUUAAAAAAUAUAAAAAGAUGAACGAGAAUUGAAAGAGCAACUAGUACACCAGAAGGCACAAAUUGUACCUAGGUACCUACUUGUCGGAAAAGCUUCACGAGAAUAAUAAUAAUUAGUCGUUUUUCAAAACGUCGGAAGUACCACUGUUUUUUUCUCUGUCGUAGGAAAUGCGCAUAAUCUACGCCCUAUAAUGUCAGUAUCAUCUACAGCAACGGCCAAGGAACCGUGAAAAAUACGUCGUUAUAACCAGAUGAUGUCUUUCUGACGGAAGUCGUUAUAGAUGGUACAGAGUGUAAUUGUAACUCGUAUACCGGAUGAUUCAUUUAACUAGAACACUCAUAAUUAUUCAAAAUGUAUUAAUGUUUUUGAAAAUUUUCAAAAACAUUUAUACUUUAUAAAAUAACGGGUGUUCGAUGAUAAAAAAACACCCGGUAUACGUGCGAUAAACUGCACAAAGCCCAAUUUUUUUUUUCGUACCUUCAAUAUGAAUUUGUCGUGAAUCACGACAACAAUACAAUAUAAUAUAAUACCAUCGAUAGAAGCCGCUAUCGUUUAGCUGAUACCGAAGCCCACCCCUACUCGUAAGUGGGUAAUGUGACCCCAGUAUACAGGUCCCCGUACGAGCCGAUUUUUGAAACCAAACAGAAAAUAAUUUAAAUAUUAUUAAAAAUGUAAUAUGUACCCGAGCCAUUCUUUAAUAUGUGUUCGUUAAAAUCACGUGGUUAAGAUCGAAUUGCACUUGUUUUUGAUCAAAUUGCAGCAACCGGGGGCAGAAAAAAGUAAUUAUUAUUGUUCGAAUGUUGCACUCGUUAUGUUUGCACCUACUACCUAUAUAGUGAUAAUUAUUAUUUUAUUAAUUAUUAUUAUAGGUCCUGUAAUCAUUCGAUUUUAUGCAAUAUAUAAUACCAAUAAUUUGAUAACGAUUAUCAAUGGACGAGGCUGGAGAAUACUUCGCAAUAAAAAUAAUAAACUUAUAUAGAUAUUACAUUAAAAAUAGCUACUCUUGAUGCGUCUGUUGUCAAACGUUGUUUCAAACGCAGCACGGUAGCAAAUUUCUAUUCAAUAGUGUGCUGUCAGUUUUUUCACGAGAGUGAAUAUUGAAAUAAUAUCAAACUUUUAAUCAAGAACAUUGAUAUCUGUUCAAGCGCCUUCAAUUUUUUUAUUUUCAAGCAAAAUAGGGGUACCUAUGUGAAAUAUCGCAAAUUAAAAAUGCUCAUAUCUCGCAUGAUAAUUAAAAUAUCGAAUGAAAUCGUCGUGCUCCUAACCUUAUAAUAACUAAAUUAAUUUUUUGGUUUCAUUGUAAUAAUUACAAAUACCUACAAUUUAAAAUGUAUAAAAUAGAAAUCCGUUUUUUCCUAGUUAACAUUUGAAAAUAAUAGUAUAAAAAUAUCCAUUCAUUAAUUCUAGAUUUGUUACCUAUGUCUUUGUAAUACAAUUGCUAUUUAUAAGUUAUAUGGAAUGAUAUCGGAUCGAGUCCGGAUUUGUUAAGCCUCCGAGUGAUGCAAUUCGAACAUUUCGGUUUAGAUAACGAGUGCAGUUCAACAAUCCCCAUAUAGUUAUUGAAGCCUCCGAGCGGCAUAUUCAUUUUAUUGUAAGUCGGUUUGCUCUAGAAAAUCAGGUCAAUACGACAAAUGUUAUCGUUACAACAACUGUUUACAGUGGUUCGUCCUAACUGGUUUUCCACUAGCUUUUUCGGAAAAAAAAAACGAUUUAUACAGAGGUACUUGCACUAGCCAUACUGUUAUGACUAACAGCAAACACCGUCAAACGAAAAAAACUUCCUACUCUAUUCAAUUGUUUUUAAAUAUUAUAUGUCGAUAAAGUAAAAUAAAUAAUAUUAGGAUUUGAAUACUACCUAGGUAUAUGGUCUUCUAUAAAUGUUCUAUUUAUUUAUUUUGUUCAUGUAUCCACGACACCCUGCUCGCUACAGACUGUGGGUGAUUCUUGUUCCGACUCUUACAGGGUUAGCUCGAGGGAUAUCGAUCUCGUUCUCUUGACGGCAUAAUCACCCUGUUCGUCUAUCGUCGUCCCCGAGUCGUGUCGUUCAAUUCUCCCGUACUCAUAAUAUAUAGGUACUUACUAUAUCUUUUUUACCGAAUUCUCCACCACUUCCAUUCGCAUGCCUUCCCCGCGGUCACCACCCGUCAAAUAAUCAUUUUUCUCCCGUUCGACUGUAUGUAAUAUGCAAUUAUAACUUUUAGAUUUAUUAUAUUGAGGUAUGCUCCCCGCUGGUAAGAAUCUGGUUGUCACUCGUUGUACGCACUUCGGUAAUACCCGAUGAUAUCGAUGGCCUGAAACGCGCUGUGCACGUACAUAUUGUUGUUAUACAUCAUGUAUAAUAUAAAAUGCUGAGUCUACUUUUUUCCAAAAAAUGUACCAUAAUAGAGUACCGUUUAACCUAACUUAUAGUAUAUAUAUAUAUUCAACAUUGAAUUCCGUUUGUUUUUGGACAUUUUAUGUACCCCUAUGUUUCUUGUUUAUAAUUUAUAGGUGGAUAUAUAAUCGUUGUAAAUAUUAUAAUGUACCUAUAU